GCACCCCCGAGCCCCUCAUGCCGCUGAAGUACCUACCUACUAUACACUCUUGUAUCGCCAGGGUUGCCACAGCUUUUUCUAGCACCUUACAUCUCCCGAUUCUAUCACUGAACACCAAGUCUUCCUGUUUUCCUGUCAUCCCUGUAUCGCGUCUCUGUAUUGCGUCUUCUAUGGUCACGUACUUUGCCUCGCUUGGAUCAACUACUCAUCCCACUUGUCCCCGAGCACGCAAGCUCUGACACGCGCAACGCCAUACAUCAUGGAAGAUCACGCCAAUGAAGGGAACAGCCAAGAGUCGCCGUCGCACGUGGAGAUUGCUUCGAGUGGAGAUCACCAGGAGAGCGCAGACACCCAACUAAGUCAUAGUCUCAGAGACAGCAAAGGUUGGGACGGCAAGUUACGCGUCGACCGCAACGCCUUGAUCCAAAAUCCCGAGGCCCUCUCCGACCCAGAAUACUCCGAUACCGAGAAUGUACUGCCCGGCCAGGAAAUCUCCGCUGAUCAGGAUUUGCUUGAUGAUGAAGACCCCGACACCGAUGACCUGAGUCUGAUGCAGUCCCGUAUUGCUUCGAUCCCUGCCUUACGCUUGGAACGAUUCAAACAGGCCAAGCGAUUAAAUCUUCGUCAAAACCUGGUGCAAGAGAUUGACGGGCUGUCAGCCUUAGCCGCAACCCUUGAGGAGUUGGAUCUCUAUGAUAAUCUUAUCUCGCACAUGCGAGGAUUGGACAAGCUGACCAAGCUCACUUCGCUUGAUCUCAGCUUCAACAAAAUAAAACACAUCAAGAACAUCGAAACGCUCACAAACUUGACUGAUCUGUAUUUUGUCUCCAACAAAAUCAGCCGGAUCGAGGGACUUGAUACACUGGUGAACCUGCGUCAGGUCGAAUUCGCCUCCAACAGGAUCAGGGAAAUUCAAAAUCUCGACGCAUUGAAAAAUCUAGAGGAGCUAUGGCUAGCCAAAAACAAGAUUACCGAGCUUCGUGGCCUAGGGGGUUUGCCAAAACUGAGACUGCUGAGUGUCCAGUCAAAUCGCAUUACCGACCUCUCUCCAUUACGGGAAGUGCCACAACUAGAGGAGCUCUACGUGUCACAUAACGCACUAGAAACUCUGGAAGGCAUAGAAGGCUGCCCUAACCUAACAAUACUCGAAAUAUCGAACAAUAAGAUUGCCAACUUCAAAGGGUUAGGUGGGCUGAAAAAGCUCGAGGAAGUAUGGGCAAGCUAUAACCAAGUGUCAGAUUUCGCAGACGUCGAAAGAGAACUGGCUGAUAAGGAAGAUCUCAAAACAAUUUAUCUUGAAGGCAAUCCCAUCCAACUAAGACAGCCAGCCCUCUAUCGAAACAAACUCCGAUUGGCCCUGCCCCAGGUACAGCAAAUAGAUGCCACCUUCGUUAAAUCUGCUUAAGGUUAUUUCUUUCAACUACGCGUAACUUGUCGGUCUCGAA